UGUAUAUCUUAUGUUUUAGCAGAAAUAUUUUAGCUAUAGUUUUAAUUAUUUUCAAUCGUUUACUUUUUAAUUUUUUGUUUUCCUUGGAUAUUUUUAUUAUUUUCAUAUUAUUAAUUUGUCUUAGUUGAUAAAUCUUUUUAAAUGUCACCUUUGAACAUAUUACAUAACUUAAUAUAUAGAGGAUGUUCAUUUCCGAAAACCUAAGAAAAGGAGUCCAUUAUUGUUUAACUUUAAUCUUUUUAUUUUUAUUAAGAUUUUUGAUUAAUAAUAUUUAAUAAUUCCUUGUACUAUUAUGGAUAACUUUUAUUAAGCUCUUAACAUAAUAUAGCAAAUUUUUAUUCUAUUUCUUCUUAGUUCAUAGAAACAGAGCUUUGCUUUUGGCCUUACAAUUAGCCUUUAUAUUUAGAAGAUUAUUAAGAUUAAUUAUUAGCCUGUUAGCAUUAUUGCAUUUAUUAUUAGGAUUAUAAUUAUUCUUAUCUUUAUUAUGAAUUUUAUUAUAAUGCUUAUAUAUUAUUGUUGUUUCCUAUUUCGCUUUCUUUUAGCUUCAUAUUUCUUGCUUACUCUUAUAUUUCAAAUUUAUAGUCAGGGUGUAACAUUAAAUUCACUUCCUAAAGUAAAUCUCCAUAUUUUUCAAACAUUUAACCCAUUCCUUGAUGAAAUUAGUUCCAUUUAGUUAUUUCUCUAUUUUACUUGCAAUAUUCAGCGAAUUACUUAUACAUUAAAUCACUUUCAUUUCUCAUUUUAUUUAAGAACUGCUAUACAUGAUGCUUUAGAC